GUGUCCUUGCACAGGUGAGUGUUCUGGGGUUUGGAUAAAGAAGAUAGUUUGGGCUUUAGAGAGAAUGGGGGCUCAGCGGCUGACCCCAGGCUGGCUUGGUGUUGACGCCAGGGGGUGUCUCGAGGGCCUGGAGGGACUGGUGGUCACCCUUACUGACUGGACUCAGUGAGCCGGCUCUGCUGUGGCUCCCGUGGUGACCGGGACAGCCAGACCAGAACGCUGCUGUGCAUGUUUGGCAUGAAGAACUGAAGACAGGAUCUUCUCUACAGACCGGCUUCCAGGGUUACACCUUCUUCUGCUCCGUUUCCAACUCUAUGACCCUCCAAGGCUCUGCCACCCUGCUCAGGAAUGGCAACAAUGCAACCGGCAGCUCCUCUCCAGUUUCCAAACAUCGUGCCGCCGAGUGGACUGUGUGUCCCCCCGCCAACCCCUGUCCAUCAAGAGAAAGUGGCCAGGCCGUGUCCUCAGACCCAGAGUGAUUGCUGCCCACCCAAGGACGCAGCGGUGCCGCCGUCACGGCAGGUGCCCCGCCUGCGGGCUGUGGUGGAGAGCCAGGCCUUCAAGAACAUCCUGGUGGACGAGAUGGACAUGAUGGUCUCACGGGCGGCCACUGUCAUCCAAGCCAACUGGAAGGGUUACCGGCUGCGGCAGAAGCUUAUCUCACAGAUGACAGCAGCCAAGGCCAUCCAGGAGGCCUGGCGUCGCUUCAGCACACGCAGGCUGAUGCGCUCCAACAAGCUGUCCGUAAAGAAAGCUAAGAGGGAGGAGGAGGGUGACAUCCCCUACCACCCCCCACAGCAGGUUCGCUUUCAUGCCCCGGAGGACCAACUGCCAGUCAUGGUGAGCAAGGAGACGCAGUUCCCAUCCUCCGACAACCUGGUCCCUUCACACACCACGGCAGCCCCGGGUCCCUGUGCCAGCGGCGCCUACAGGGGUGGCCUCCUGCCACAGCAGUCUGUGACCGGCCGGCUCAUGGGUCCCAAGUAUCCACCCUGCAUGUUGACCAAGACUGUCAGGAGCUCCUGCCUCAUCAGACACUUGGAAGGGGACAGUGUGAAGAGCAGACAAGUAGCUUCCAAGACCAUCAGAUCAGGGGUCCCAGAGUCAGCAGCAUCGGGGAGAUAUGGCCAGGCCGUCCAUGGAUCCCUGAAGACCCAGACCCCGGUCCACACUGAAGCAGAUGUCCCCAAGGUCCCACCGCAUAUGUAUCCAGUCAACAAGACCCCUACCAAGGUGUGUCCAGGGGUCUGCGCCCCUAAGUCCCCAGCCACAGUGACCACAGCACCGAAAGGUGCGCUACAGAUGUACCCCACGUCCCCAGCCACAGUCAUGAAGAUGCAAUCACCAACUUGCCCAACUUCCCCGGUGACCAGGCCCCUGGCUCACGUGCGACCCAACCCUUCAUUGUCUAACACCACGCCGCAGAUGCGCUCUGUGAUCCCCACGGCCAGAGCACAGCCCCCGGGAUGUGCUGUCACCUCCACAGUCAAGACUUCACCACGCCCAGGGGCUCCAGUCAGUAAGGGCCCACUACAGACUGGCUCUGGUCCGGUGACGACAAAGACUUCACCCCAGAUGCGUCCAGCGGCCAGAAGUCAAGCUCAGACAUGCGCUGCGCCUACUUCAUCCAAAACCUCCUCCCAGUCGAGUCCCACAGCCAAGCCCUCACCUCAGACCCGCCUGGCAGCUAUGAUAACCAAGACCCCAGCUCAGAUACGCUCGGUGGCUGCUGUGCUCAGGACUCUGUGUCUGGUCCCUGCCGUGGCAGCCUCAAGUCCCAGGGGCUCACCCCAAACUCACGUGGUUGCUGGCAUGCCCAACAUCCCAUCCCAGGUCCACCUGAACAGCCCAAAGGCCAAGGUCACCGUGAGCACCAAGCAGGCCACCGCAGUGGUCAAGGUGGCCUCUCACUCAUACCUGGCAGAGGGCAAGGGCAGGUGUGGACCCCAUGGACAUCUAGACACUGUGGUUCCUAAACCCCCAGCCAAGUCUUCAUUGGAAGCAGAAAAGAUGAAGCCUGGGCCCCCUAAGGCCAUCAAGAAGGAAGCAGCUCCCAAAACUACUGCGGCCAUUAUGACCAGGGCCCUAUCUUGGACAAAAGUGACAGAGGACAGGGACAAACCCUUGACUCAGGUCCAGCAGAGGGCGGAGGUGGUGAAGAUUCACUCAAGGGUGUACAUGCCUGAGGAGACCACAGUGGCCCUGUCCCAGGCCCAGCUGGCUGUCCCCCUGACCAAGGCCUCCACCCAAGCCCAGCCGCCCCCAGCCACCCCCGCCCCCCCGCCAGCCUCACCCUUCUCUAAAGCCGUAUCGCAGUCUCACACGCCAUCCGUGCUGGCCACCGGCUUACCUGAGGGACGACGUCCACCUGGAGGUCCCUCUGCCGUUCUGCCCUCCUCGCCACUGGCCGCGCACCUGAUGUCACUCACAGCCCAGCUCCAACCUGCUGGUGAGCAGACCAGACCGGUCCCUCAAGCUCAUCUGGCCAAGGCAUGCGCAGCCACAGCCUCCCCGCAGGCACGCUCCCUGGGGAUGGCCUUCCUGUCUUCUGAAGGGUACCAAAGCACAUGUCCCCUCACCCCCACGCUGCAGCAUCACACGCCCUCUCACUCGACGAAAAGCUCGCUGCAGCUGCGCCUACCUGCUGAGCAUGCCAAGACCGCCAACACCAAGGGCACCAAGGCCACGUGCCAGGUCUGUCCACCCACUAAGCUCAGCAAGGCCCCGUCCCUGGCCCAGCUCAUCACAUGUCUGGCCAAGGCUCCAUCACAGGCCCAUCUGCCUGUGGGGGCGGCGAAGGCCCAGUCUCAGGCCCAGCUGACCUCCGAAACGGCCAAGUGCCUCCUGACGGCUCAUCCUGCCACCGACCUCAGUAGCAAGACCCAGUCCCAGCCACUCCUGAGCACGUCCAAGGCAUCUGUCCAGUUCUGGCAACAUUUCGGGACACUUAACACUGGCCCCCGUGCCAAGCCAGAUGACAGAAGCGUGACCCAGCCUCAGCUCCAUAGCCAUACACAAAACAAGGCCGUGCAGAGCCCGCGCUCGGUGGCCACAGACACCCAGAGCACGCUGGUGCCUCUGCUGACUCCCUCUGGACACACUGCGUGCAAUGCAGACUCCUGGGCUGACAGUGGACGGGCGCGAACCCCACCCCCGCCCCCUGUGCCAAGCCAGGCAGUGUCCUGCCACGAAGACCUCGCGGCCUCCAUCGCCUCCCUGUGCGCAGACCUGGUGGCCAUGCUGGGCUCCCCCGAGGACCUGCGGGCACUCCUGGCCAAGACACUUUCUCAGGGGGAAGUACGGACCGCGCUCAGCCAGGCUCUGUCCCGGGAAGUCUUGGGGCCCUCUGUGGUCAAGGCCCUGCCACAAGGCAUGCUGGGAAUGGCACUGAUGAAGGCACUGUCAUGGGGUGAGCUGGGCAUCUCCCUGUCCCGAGCCCUGUCCCGUGGGGAGCUGCGUCCAGAACUCAGCAAGGCCACGCAGGGCAAGCUGGCUGAGGUCCUGUGCAAGGCCUUGACGGAAGAUGAGCGGGCCACGCUCAGCCAGGCGCUGUGCCAGGGAGAGCUGGGUGCUGUUUUCACUCAGUCCUUGGCCCAAAUGGCCCAGAGGACAGGCGCCUUCCUCCCCAAGGCCACCUCGAAAACGGUGGGAAGCCGGAUGACCACGGCGCCUGCCCCAGUGGAGGUGACCUGCAGCGGGAGCCUGUCGGUGGCCUGGGGACCUGCACUGGGUCCCGUACAAGCACGGUGUAGCAAGGGCCCUGUGGAUGCCGGCCUGGCUGCUGGCCAGUCAUGGAAUUCCAAAGUCCCCAACGUAUCGCUCAGAGCCACAGCACGUGCUGGGGCACCCCAAGGCACAUGGCACCCUAGCAGAGGCCACAGGCCGUGGGACCCCUCAGGGGCAGAGGCAGCGCUGGACCGCAAGCCCUCAGCUGAGUUGCUGGUGUCAGUGCGUGCCAUGGAGAAAGUUGUCGUCCAGGCUGUCAUCACCAUCCAGGCGUGUGCGCGUGGUUACUUGGUGCGCCGCACCGUGAAGGUGUGGCAUCAGUGGGCCACCAUCAUCCAAGCUACGUGGCGUGGCUACCGCGUGCGACGGAACCUGGCAAGGCUUCUCAGGGCCACCACCAUCAUCCAGGCUGCCUGGCGCGGCUACUGCAUUCGCCGGGACCGGGCCCAUCAGGUGCUGCUCCCCGCCACGUGGCCGGAGCACAGUGGCAGAGCCCAGGGCAACUCUGACACCAGGAGCAGCUCUGAGCACCGCUGCUUCCUGUCCUGCCAGCCCGACGUCUGCAGCGUCUGCCAGUCCUUGGGUCCCCGGGUAGAGAGUCCUCCCAGCGUCGUGAUGCUCGUGGGAUCCCAGCCCCGCACCUGCCACGUGUGUGGCCACACACUGUCCACGCGUGUGGUGCAGGGCUUCGGCCAGGGCGUCUCGGGCCAGCCCGGUUCUCGCUGGGCUGCAGCACCCCAGCACUGUGCCCUGCUCAAGCGGCAGCACAGGGCAGCCACUGUCAUCCAGGCGGCCUGGAAAGGCUACAGGACCCGCCGCCUGCUCAACCAGCAGCAGUCUGCAGCCAAGACGGUCCAGGCCACGUGGAGGGGACACUAUACCCGGAGCUGCCUCACCACAGACGCACUUUUGGGAACAGGAGGCCCGUGGAGCAUCUCCAGGGACACUUCACGCCGUUCUUCAAGGGCUUACUCUUUACACUGGCCUGGAGUCUAGGCCCGUCUGUGGGCAAGACACCGUGGCCCACGUGGUCUCGUGGGUCUUGUGAAUAAAGUGCACGACAGCC